CACCUCUGCCCAUAAGAAAAACAUAGACUCGUAGCUUACUCUUAACAACAACAACAAAAAAGAGUAAGAAAUAUUAGGGUUUUAAAACAUUUAUUGUUUUUUUAAACCCCUCUUGUUGCAUGUGGUCCCUUUCCCUCCUGUUGUUGAACAGAAUAAAAGCCCGUUUUGCCAGGGCCCGCAGUGCUGGCGGCCCCGCAGCUGCGGCCCUGUAACUUUAAACCUGGCCUGAGAUCAUCGUUUUGGCGCUGGCCAAACAGAGCCCGAGGGCGGGCCCAGCGCGCCGGGACCGAGACCACCUUGCGGCCGACCCCGCUCCCCCCGCCUCCUCGGGGGAGAUAAAUGCUGACUCCGCUCGGAAAGUUCUCCACUGCAAAGUUUGCCGUCCGGCUGCCUGGGGCCUGGGAAGCUCGGGCACCCUCCUGCGCCGGGGCUGCCGCUCCCACCCUCCGACCCCCACCGUCGCGCUCCUCCGGGCUGGGCCUGUGGCCGCGGCGCUUUUGAAUCUUCCCCCAUCGCAGAAACUCGCUGCUCGGCCCCCGGGAGAGCAACUCGUCGGGAACGAUGUGGAAGGUGUCAGCUCUGCUCUUGGUUCUGGGGAGCGCGUCGCUCUGGGUCCUGGCAGAAGGAGCCAGCACGGGUCAGCCAGAAGGUGACAUUGAGACUCCAGGUACAGAAGGCAGUGUUGUGAUGCCAGGUGCCGAAGAUGAUGUGGUGACUCCAGGAGCUGGCGAAGACCUCUCUGUGGCUGGCUUGACAACUCCGGUGGCAACGAGUGUCAAGAGUGUGACCGACCUUGGCCCCGAGGAUCUGCCGACUCCAGAAAGCACAGCACACCCCAAAGAAGGAAGUCCGAGCACCACAACCUCAAACGUGGCAACCAGUCACUCCAGGGAGAAAGUGGAUGAAGAGACACAGAUAACAGUUGACAAAGAUGGUUUGGCAACAGUGACCCUGGUUGGAAUUAUAGUUGGGGUCUUACUAGCCAUUGGCUUCAUUGGUGGAAUCAUCGUGGUGGUUAUGCGAAAAAUGUCGGGAAGGUAUUCGCCCUAAAGAGCUGAAGGGUUACGCCCUGCUGCCAACACACUGAAAAAAGACUGUUUCUGUUCCUCUGCGCCCUGUCCCUGACCUUGUGGGAGAAGAUGAUCCGUGGAACCCUUGCCCACCCCAUUCAGAAUCCAUGGUGAUCUCUCUGCUUGCCAAAGUAACCGAAGGAAAGGCGGUUCACCAGGCCUGGCUCCUCUAAAUAUUUGUCUUUCAAACAUGUUUUUGAAUCUACAUUCUAUAAAAGAUGAUUUGAAAGACAAAAUUCAGAGAAAAUGGAGCAAAACGGUAUAAACUGCUUUGUAACUGAGACUGGACCAUUGGAUCAAUGUUAGAUGCUGUAAUCAUGUGUCUCCGUCUGACCGUUCUCUGUUAUUGUUAAAAUGCAAAGGAAUCUGGAAAUAUUUAUAACGACGGAGUCCUUGGAUCCAGUGCCAUGUCAGUAAAUAGCACCAGCCGUUUGCAGUUGCUGAUGUGUUGAAACGUAUGCAUUCCGGUCUAGUUUGGCCUAUCUUUUAAAGCCUGAUGUAUACCACAUGAUCAAGUAGAAAAUCUCAACUUGGAUAAUGCGCGAUAAGCAACUGGCUUUAGCUGGUCCAGAUUAAUCAUUUCAAAGACAUCCAUCUUAGAACACAAGCAGGAAGUCUGUAGUCUCAAAGUAGGCCACGGGCAGCCUCUAGACUUGGCUUUACCUAAGUCCUUCUCCAGCCAUGACUUGGUGACUCCCAGGCUUGCCCCCUCCACUUCCCUUGGAUGAUGGGGAGCCAGGGCUAAGGGGGCAGGCUUCCCUCCUCCCAGUGAUGCGUAUCCUUUGGAUUGGCUGCUUUAUUCCAAGAUAUGGAUAUCUCAGCCUGGACCCUGAGGAAGCCACUGGAUGUUUGAUGGUGCUAGAGGCUCAAGCGUUUUCAAAACCAAGAGCCCCCAUGCAGAACGAAAUCCUAUGUGAGCCUCUGGUAUGAGAAAUAAAACCUGCCACUUUUAUUACAUUCGCUUGCUGCCUCAGAGGAAAGAUACGGGGAACAAAAAUCAUUUUCUACAAUCUUAAUUUUAAAAGCAGCUGGACUUAUCUUCUAUUUUUAAAAUCAGAUAUUUAUCUCUAGUCUUCAUGACAUACCACAAAUAUCUGUGGGGUCCUACUGAAAAGAACAAAAUAAAGGCUCUCAAGGGGUCGUUCUGUCUCCACACCAUCCAACCUGGCACUUCUCUUCCCAUAUAGCCAUUGGAUUUUUUUUUUUUCCUAAACAAAGUUUUUAUACUGAGCAGAUGCUCUGUCAUGAUUGCGAUUGUGCAAUUCUGGUAUCCUGUAAACUUGUAAGCAUUCAUAAAACAGGAAAAAGUAAACUCUCAGUCGGAAGCACAGCCCAUUCCUCCCAUUUUUCGCAAUAACGAGUGGAUGUUAUUUUAAACAGUGUGUCUGUGUGUUCCCAAAUCCAGCUGGUCCCCCUGGCUCCGAUUCCAUAUUUGAGCAUCAGCUGAUUGAGAGAAGGGGAAUGAGGAGAGCUGGAUGAGUUUAAAUAACUUUGGUUCAUUGUUCAGAUUGCUGAACAGGAGAUGGGAUAAGGCCCGUCUCCUUUCCCAUUCUUUCUUCCCCCUUCACUGUGAAAAAUAACAGUCCACCCCCAAGUCAUACACUGGAUCCAGGGCCUGCGGGGACAGGACUGUGGGUUUUUUGGUCACACCUGUGUUGGUGCUCAAUGCAGUGUAGACAUGUUUUCAAAUAAAACACAUGAUUGUAUACAA